UUCAAGCGUAUGCUAAACUUGAAGGUGAAACUGUUUGUUAUUAUGUUAAAGCGCUUCAAGUAACAAUUGGUCGGCGAACUAGCCCAACGGAUCAAAUUGACCUCCACCUUGGACCUAUCAAAUCAAUAUCAAGACAACAUGCACGUCUAUACUAUAAUUUCAACAUUCAACGUUUCGAAUUGUAUAUUUCAGGUAAAAAUGGAGCUUUUAUUAAUGAACAGUUUGUUGAACAAGGAGAUACUGUGCAAUUAGAAGACAGGACAAGAAUUCAAAUUGGAGAUGUUGACUUUACAUUCAUAUUACCAAGCAUUGAAAAUAAUAUCGGCGAUGAUUAUAGUAGUAAUAAUAUCAAUGAUGAUGGUAAUAACGUAGUGAUUAAUGGGAAAAAUAUGAUAACAACUACAACAAUGAUAUUGAAAUCGACAUUACUAACAUUCUUAAUGGCACUAAUAAUAACGAUUUAUUUACAAUUGCUACCAAAAAAUGAAAUAUUUGACACUUCUCAAUAUCAAUCCAAAGACACAAAGCCACCAUUUUCAUACGCAUCUUUGAUUGCUCAAGCUAUCAAUUCUUCUCAGUCUAAAAAAUUAACGCUAAGUGGAAUCUAUACUUGGAUAACAGAAAAUUAUCCUUAUUAUCAAUCAGCAAAAAAUGGAUGGCAGAAUUCUAUUCGUCACAACUUGUCAUUAAAUACAUCUUUCAUUAAGAUCGCACGCGAUGAUCAUGAACCCGGAAAAGGUGCAUGGUGGGCAAUCGAUCCAAAUGGUGAUGGUCAAUUUUCAAAUGGAGUCUACAAGAAAAAUAGAAAGGCUUCUACCAUAAGAAAUCAAAGAAAUUCGACAUCACCUUAUUCUAUCGAUUCUAACGCCAUCAUCACCACUACCAAUCCCACUGCGUCACCACCUAUUGAAUAUAAUCGUAAUGAUAAUCUAAAUCAUCACAACAAUCAUUAUCAUUAUCAAAAUAACCAUCAACAACGACAACAACAAAAAUUAGAUUAUAUUCUUCCGAUAACUCCGACAGAAAGUAAUAAUAGUUCAGACGAUAACACUAUUAUUACUAAUACUUUUGAUACCACUACAACCAUCACUACUAUUACUAAUAAUAACAGUGAUAGUAAUAAUAAUAUUGACUCAAAUAAAAGACCUGAUAAAGUAGAUAAUUAUAAUAAAAUGAUGGCUACAACAACAACUAUUAACAACAUUAAUUCAUUGAAUGAUUUUGAAUUGGGGGAAAAAUUAAGCCCGGAAAAGUUAUCAGCAGCUGUUGAGCUUGUGCAUGAGCAAUUAACUCAAAUAACUUCUGCACCAAUCUCUCGUACUUUUGUUACUCAAGUUACAAAUCCCAAUGAUAAUAAAAGACCCAGGUCAAAUUCUGAUGAUUUCGAUGAUGAUGACCAUGUUGAGCCAAACUUGAAAAUUAAUAAGGCUAAAAUAUAA